CCGGAACCUUUUCCAUCAAACGGCUACAGUGUUGCUUGCUGUAAGUGUUGCUUGCUCGAAGUGUUGCUUGUAUGAUGCGUCGGUUACAAUGUAGCGCUGUAUCUUGAACGAGAUCAGAGUUUUAUUCGAAUAGUUCUAAAAUGAUUAAAACGACAUUGCAGAUUUGGUUCAAAUUGUAAGGCAACAGCCGACGGUAAACCUGGAGAUUGCGUGGGCAGAGCAGAUUUCUGGGUCCGCGGGGGGAUUUGGCUCUGGGGGAGUAGCCUAGCAUUCUGAUGUAUUUGUUCCUUCUAGUUUUAAAUGGCUCUAUGUUACAGCUGCCGCAAGUCAGGACCGGACAAGGGUGUGUAAUCGAAUGAAUAUUUCUGCAGUUCUAUCUACCCGCGCGCUGACAAAGAAUCCGCGUUUACGCCCUAUCUCUCAUCCAUCCGUUUCGAGACCUAGGAAGACGCUGACGGGAAAUAUACUUUAGCCUUUCUAGCCUACUACAGGGACCUAACGAUGGGGAACACCGCCUCCUGCUGCGUUUCGUCGAGCCCCAAGAUCCGGAGAAAUGCCCAUUCGAGGCUAGAACCCUACCGCCCCGAAGCGGAGCUGAGUAGAGAGGAUACUGGCUGCAACCUACAACACAUCAGCGACAGAGAGAAUAUGGACGAUCUGAACAUGGAGUACAACCCUUCAGACCAUCCCAGAGCCAGCACCAUAUUCCUCAGCAAAUCCCAGACAGAUGUGCGAGAAAAACGGAAGAGCGUCUACAUCAAUCAUUUAACACACAUUUCGGAGAACAAGCACCACGCUGCUCCAGUCAGACGGAAGUACAGCUCCUGUUCKACCAUUUUCCUAGAUGACAGCACCGUCAGUCAGCCUAACCUCAAAUACACCAUCAAGUGUGUAGCCAUGGCGAUAUACUACCACAUAAAGAACKGGGAGAUCGAUGGGAGAAUGGUAUUAGAUAUUUUUGAUGAAAAGCUUCAUCCACUUACGAAAUCAGAGAUUCCUGCGGACUAUGAAAAGCACGACCCGGAGCAGAAACAGAUCUAUCGCUUUGUCCGGACGCUGUUCAGUGCAGCACAGCUCACUGCAGAGUGUGCUAUCGUCACACUAGUGUACCUGGAGCGCCUGUUAACUUAUGCAGAGAUAGACAUCUGCCCAGUCAACUGGAAGCGUAUCGUCCUGGGAGCCAUCCUGCUGGCGUCCAAGGUGUGGGACGACCAGGCUGUGUGGAACGUAGACUACUGCCAGAUCCUCAAAGACAUCACCGUGGAGGACAUGAAUGAGCUGGAGCGUCAGUUCCUGGAGCUGCUGCAGUUCAACAUCAACGUUCCGUCUAGUGUUUACGCUAAGUACUACUUUGACCUGCGCUCCAUGGCCGAGGCCAACAACCUCAGCUUCCCCCUGGAGCCACUGAGCAGGGACAAGGCUCAGAAACUAGAGGCCAUCUCCAGGUUGUGUGAUGACAAGUAUAAAGACUUGAGGAAAGCGUCCAAGAAGACUUCUGUGAGUGCAGACAAUCUGACGGUGGUGAGGUGGAAUCCGGCCAUCAUAUCCUAACAGCGUCCUUCACCACCAGGAGGAGGACAGCGCAUCCACCAUGACGGAGACAUGACAUGGCUGCCUGGCCUGGGAGGUCGAGGGUUAGGGCAGAACUCAGUUGUCCAGUUGUGUCUGUGUGGUUUGUUUCACACAGAAACGACCUGCUGGCACUUUUGUGGAUAAUAAGUGUUAUUGUUGCUCUGAUGGUCCACUUGUGUACUGUACAUACAAGAUGUCCCUCUGGUUGUCUGAAGUUGAACUUGAGUCCUACAGGUGACUUGGUGACCAAUGGCAGAAGAGCAGUGGCUAGAUGGGAAAAGAUUAAAAGAACAUUGGAAAGAUCAAGAGACAGUGGAAAGAUUUGAAAAAUCCUAGAAUAAUAACCCAUAAACUCAAACAACAGCAUUCCAAUAGCCAUUUUAAAGGUUGACUGUCUUGUAUAGAGGAGAAACCGCUCGGGUAUACUGUACAUUCCUAUGAUUUUCAAGGAUUUCAGCAAAUUCCUCUCUAAAGCACAAAUGUUUUUUCCCAGGUAACAGGCAAACCUAAUUGGUACACAUUCCUGAAAUAUAGAAAUGUCUCUACUUUCCUUGGAGGCAGUAACAAGAGCUCAUCAAGUGUUAUUCUUACUGUGUUUGGUUGCAAUGAAAUCAAACUGCCAAAACCUCAAGGGUUUCUUUCUCUGUAACGUUCAACAAACUGCACCUGUGUUUGAGUUUAAAAUGGCAACUGUUUUGUAUUUACAUUUACAUAAAGACACCAAGAUAGGGAAUGUGAAGUGAGAGAUAUACAGUAGAGGAAGACAGACAUUUGAAGAAUAACUUAAUUAGGGCGAUAAGACUGAUAAAUGAAGUUCAGUUGAAGGUGAACAAAGUGAUCUUUAUCUUUAAUUGCGUUCCGUUCUAUCUAGCUAUACCAAUUUGCCACCGAGUGAUGAUUAUCUAAAACUAUUUCACACAUUAGUUCUAUCUCUCUCUUCCUCAUGGCCAAAAUGAUACAUGCUGCGUKCCCAAAUGGCACCCUUUUCACUAUAUAGUGCACUACUUUUGACCAGGGCCCAUAGGGUGCCAUUUGGGAUACUGCCACAGUUAAACAUUCCAGUGAACAUUGCGCUCACGCCAAGCAAUAUUCAUGUACCGCUUUGUUUCAUGCUAGGUCUCGAAUGACGUACAGGGAUGAGUUUGAAUGACAAGCACUCGAAUAGAAGGGAGAAAAACAUCUUCCAAGAACAGGAAAUAACUAUAGUAUAAGUAAGACAAAAGGGUGGGUUUGAGCGUCCAUAUAGUGUAUUCACUGCCGUUGUUCUGACCUGUGGUGCCUGUAACAUGCUAGUGUAACAUGGAGACCUUCCUUUUUCAUUUUUAAAGUGCAACUGGGGUUGAGUUUUUUUUCUUGAAUGCUUUUUUAAAUUACUGYUCUUCCAUCUCCUAAAGAAACAGCAGAAACAUCAUUUCAGAAAACCAAUUUGCAUGAUGAUUCUUCAAUAUAUUGGAAAUGUAUUUCUAAAAAUGUCCUACAGUAUAUUAGAACAAAAGGACGUUUAUUGAUUAACAAACACUGUUCACAAAACCAWUAGGAAUAAAUCAAAUAUAAUUAUUUAGCAAAUUCAUUGAUUUUGUACAGUAAGAUAUGAUAUCAGUGUGCAGACAAAGAGCACAUUAACUUUCAAACAUGGAGAAUUGGGGUGAAGUAUUUAUAAAUAUCUGAUCAGUAUUUACAUUUAAAAAAAUUGCAAUGUCUUAUUAUACCAGAUAUGAGGAGAGUUUAMAACUAUGGGUUAUAUGGAAGCUGGUAUUAUUUCAUCUAGAAUGUAGAUGGUAAAACCAUUGGAAGGAAUCUGAAUCUUUUGUCAGGAUCUAGUUUUUCAUAUCAAGUUUGCAGAGCUACAGUGAAUGAUGGGUUCAUGGGUUUUUCAAACAUUGAAUUGAGACCGUUCGGUUAGACUCUCUCAUCUUAUCAUACAUACAUUUUCUGUUACCAUAUGAAUUAUGUUUUCAGUGUUACAUGGUUUUAUGAUAUCCCUGUUGCAAAACCAGGUGAAACAUUCCUCUCGUUCUUGAUGCUGUUUUAUUUUAAAGUUGUUGAGUUCACGGUGUUUCCCCACUCUUAAGCAAUCUUAACUAUUGAAAAGAUAAAAGCAAUUCCUUAUCAAGGGUCUCUACAGUUGUUGUUGUCAUACUUUUAUUUGAUAGCAUUCCGUGAAUACCAAUCAGCAUUCAUUCAAAACAUUCGUCAGGACCAACUAUCUGCCAGAUGUUUCACUUUCAUAUGUAAAAAAGGGAUGGAGUUGAACCAAAGUAUCAGACAAUGAAGGAUUAGCCUUUGAAUAUGUAUUGUUGUGAUAUAAUAGAUCCCCUUUGCACGUGGUCGGAAUGGUAUAAGGACUCUGAAGUGGAACUGUUGGAAUGGUAUGGCCUUGGAAACAGAACAGUUGGAAUGAUGUGGGGACUCUGAAACGGAACUGUUGGAAUGAUGUGGGGACUCUGAAACGGAACUGUUGGAAUGAUGUGGGGACUCUGAAACGGAACUGUUGGAAUGAUGUGGGGACUCUGAAACGGAACUGUUGCGUUCUAUGGAGCUGUGACUGUGAGCGACUGAAGUUCAAAUGUCUUCGGGCGAGAAGAAACAGGUGUUGUCGUGAGGAGACAGUAGAGGUAUUUUUAAGAUUGUAUAUCUUAUUUAUUGUAUGUAUGUUUGUGUGCAUACAGUCUGAUGUUGACUUCUAGAAAUGAAAAAUGAACUCAUCAUGCUCUAUAGCCCGAGCCUGUGGUAUAACCUAGGCUAGUGACUGGUGUGAUAGUCGUGUGCACUAGACUCUACCUCUGCAUAGAGUUUUUACUUCUUCUACCUUUUCUCUUUCUAUCUCUUCUACGACAAUGUUAGGAUUUACCAAUGCAACUCUCAGUUGUCAAUGAUUUCCUGUGCUUAUGAAAGAAACUGCUGUAGUUGUGUGAACUCUGUUUUUAUGUUUUGUUUUAUAGUUUAUUUCCUGGGGUUUUAUUGCUGUUUUUAUGUUGUUUGUUCCUGUUCUCAGUUUGCRCAAUGUGGUUAAUCUGUAUCUUUUUGAGUACUAAUCUCUUAGUUCAUUGUAGCCUACAUUCUAAGAAGUGAUCCCAGGACCAACAACCCUAAGGGACUGGAGUCUGAAUAAGCCGCGGUCUCUCUCCCUGUAUGGACUGUUCUAACUAUGAUUUUAGUUCAACUGAUGUGCCCAGAUCAGAAGCAAUGUUUAGAAACCUGCACAAUAAAUAAACGUUUAAACCUUGCAAUAAAAA